AUGAAUCAUAAAAGACGAAGCAGCAGAGAUGACAACAACAACUUGAUAACUGCGCGGGUGCAGUUCAAAGCAACCCUGCUACACUCAACAACUCUCGCUCUCUGUUACUCGCUCUCACACGGAACCAACGGUCCUCCCACUCUCAUCCACUCUGGCAGGCAACUCAUGUUUUUUGGCACCAACUCUUACUUCUUACCGCCUUCUCUCAAACAACUAACUCGUGCUCAGCCGCUCUCAAACGGAACCCAUACACUCUUAACUACUACGACCUUCCGCCAUCCACUCUCACACGCAGUCACCCACUCUCAACCACUCUCACACGCAAUCAUCACCAACUCUAACCACUCUCAACCACUCUCUCCUUCCAACACCCACGUUCAAACACUCUCACACGCUAUCCACCCCAGACUCAACAACUACCACUAUCUACCCAACCCACUGCCAACCACUCCCAACCACUCUCACACGUUCAACCCACCACACUCAACCACUCUCACACGCCAUCCACCCAAGACUCAUCUAACUACCACUAUCUCCCCCAACCCACUGCAACCACUCGCCAACACUCUCACACGCAAUCACCCACUCUCAACACUCUCUCCCUCCGCCACCCGCGCUCAACCACUCUCACACGCCAUCCACCAAGACUCACACUACCCACUACCUGCCCAACCCACUCCAACCACUCCCAACCACUGCUCACACGCAAUCUCUCACCACUCUCUCCUCCGCCACCCACGCUCAACCACUCUCACACGCCAUCCACCCAAGACCAACUACUACCACUAUCUCCCAACCCCACUGCCAACCACUCCCAAACCACUCUCACACGCAAUCACCCACUCUCACACGCAACCCACGCUGCAACCACUCUCACACGCCAUCCACCCAAGACUCAACUACUACCAUAUCCCAACCACUGCCAACCACUCCCACCACUCUCACACGCAAUCACCCACUCUCAACCACUCUCUCCCUCCGCCACCCACGCUCAACCACUCUCACACGCCAUCCACCCAAGACUCAACUACUACCACUAUCUCCCAACCCACUGCCAACCACUCCCAACCACUCUCACUCGCCACCUCGCACUCCCACGCUAUCUCACGCACCCCGCUCCCUGCUACCCACCCGGCAUCCACCCACCGCCUGUGUUAUAGUUGGUGCAUGGACGCAAAAACCCAGGAAUGA